AUGACUGGAAAUAGCAAUAAUUUUAAUACACAAGAAGAGCAUUAUGAAAUUGAUAACAUUUCAUAUAAAAAUUGGCUUUGGUUUCUUCAUCAGCUUAUUAAAACUUGGAAAUUAGAUGAAUCAGUUAUUGACAAAAAUAAUUCUAAAA